UAUAACCUAAAUUUGAUCUACAACUACCAUGUGGUGCUGAGGUAGGAUGAACGUUUUCUCAAUGAGCACCGAUGUGGCAUAUGGGGUAAAUUACAUUGCUUUACUGGAGUCACAACCUUGACAAUAUGACAGAUGCUAGUCUAUUUGAUGCUGCGAUUGGCGAGUGAAAGCAUGCCCCCGACCUGAAGCCCCAACGCACGGUUUUAUUUCAAGAUGUACGAAUAGUGUCAACCAUCUAUCCGUUUGUUCAACAAUAUGUGAGCCUGGAUUUGAAAUCAGUGGAGACUCGAGGAUGUUGUGUUGGUGUGGCGUGACAUCAUGUGCAUGGCGUGGAGUGAAGCCAUCUUGUGAAAUGAUAUCUUGCAAUGGACCCGACUACGACAAAGGCCGGGUCCGAGUCGUCGACCAAUGGCCCAAAGGAUUUAUUGGUGUCAUGGAAUUGGAGGAUAUACCAGAAGUCACAACAAAAUUAACUUUGGGUUGGUCAAUGGUUUUGAUUUUGGACAGAGCAUUAGGAAAGAACACAACGCUGAGCAGUUGGAACGCUAAUCUGGUCAGUACUUCGUACGACAGAAAAACUUUCACUUUCUCGAACACAGAACAUAAUUCAGAUUUAUCUAAUUACCUUCCAACAUCCAGCAUCAGAUGGGCCUUUGUCGUUGAUAAUUUGGAAGAUGAAAUGCCAAUGACAGCAUACCUUGGACUGUUCAAUCGACAAGUAAACGAUGCAGCUUGCGUUAAAGCUCCAAGAAUGUUAGACAUUGAACCAAUAAUGAGCAACAAAGUCGUCGAAAUCAACACAACACCUUUGACAACUACAACAACCACCGAAGAAUCGGAUGUCACUACACAACCCACUACCACACCAAGCACAACGACUCCGACAACAACUGCACCUCCAACGACAACCAGUACAACUACCACCACAACAACAACUACUACCACGCCCGUAACAACCACUACAAAGCAAACGACAACGAGAAAACCUAAGAAGAAAAAGAAGCCCAGAAGGCGUGGGAAAAAGAAUAAAAAGAAGAUAACAACUACGGAGCCGUUUGCUGAAACUACCCCAAAUCCUACGUCUUUGACAACAAUAUUUCCUACCGAUUCUGCAGUCGAUUCAGUAUUAGAAGACUCAAAAAAUGACACCACGAUGGAAAAAUCUGGAGGGCGUUAUUGCGUUUUACAAACUCAUGAAGAUAAUUUCAAAACACAAGAUGGCUGGGAAGACGGUGGAAUUCCCUUUUUCAGUGGAAACUGCAUCUUGAAUGUAACCGAUCACUUGCUUGACUGGUCAAUGCUUGUAGUUUUUGACUCUCCAAUAGCUGAGAUGCAGGUAUGGUCAGUUACCACCGUAGACAAAUCCGACGAUGGACGGAUGUGGACAUUUGGACCACACGAAUGGAAUCUAGAUUUGUACGUUGGGAUGUCGGACAUAAAUUUUAUUGCAAAACAAGCAACGAAGACGGCGAGUAUACCAACGGCAAAAGUAUACUUAUGCUCUCUCGCUUUCACGGAAGGAGAUACCAUUGUCAUCAGUCCAAAUUCACCAGCUCAAAUUGCACUCGCUACCGGUACUCUUGGUAUGAAUAAUGAAGAAGACGAAACCGACACGGACGAUGACGUCACAAUCGAAGAAACAGAAGAAGAUAAAGAGACCCCUGAGGAAGCGGCAUCAAAAGCAACACGAUGGAAAAAGCCGGAUAAAAUCGAAAAAAGAUGUUUGCCAGAAUCACCCAAUGGAAUCAUACCUGCAGUGCAAUCACAAACUGUGCCAGAUUUCAAGCCUAAUGACGACGGAACAAAAUACAACUACAAUGAAAUUUUGCACAAAUCAAUACUGUUUUACGAAGCACAGAGAGCUGGGAAACUUCCAAAGAAUAAUAGGAUCCCGUGGCGGGGAGAUUCUACACUCAAAGAUGGAUGUGAUAUCGGACUAGAUUUAAGUGGGGGAUGGUUUGACGCUGGCGACCAUGUGAAGUUCGCUCUUCCAAUGGCAUCUACAGUCACCUUGUUAUCCUGGGGAGGACUCAUGUUUCGAGAUGCCUACAAGGAUGCAGGAGAGUUUAGCAAUCUGCUGGAUUGUAUAAAAUGGCCUAGCCAAUUUUUGAUGCGUUCACAUAUUUCAAAAUAUGAGUUUGUAGCACAGGUUGGUUCUGGAAAAAUUGACCACAUAACCUAUGGACGACCGGAAGAAAUGCGAAUGAAAAGACCAACUUACAUACUGGAUCCUGAACACCCAGGAUCUGAACCCACGGCGGAAACGGCGGCAGCUUUAGCAGCUGCUCAUAUACUUUUUAAACCAACUCAUCGUCUAUUUUCUAAAAAUGCAAUCAAACAUGCAGAGGAGCUAUUCGAGUUUGCAGAUAAGUUCAGGGCAGAAUAUCACAACGCAAUUGAGGACGUUAAAGAUUUCUACUUCUCGUACUCCGGUUAUAACGAUGAGUUGAUAUGGGCAGCAGCUUGGCUAUACAAGGCUACCGGAAAAAGCAAGUAUCUGCUCAAAGCUAAAGGAUUGUAUAUUGAACUAGGCGGACAAUAUGCUGUCGAAUCAGAAUUUUCGUGGGAUAGGAAACUUAUUGCGGCACAGAUUUUGUUGGCUAAUUUGACGGGAGAAGAAUUGUAUCGAAAACCAAUUUCUGGUUUUCUAGAAAACGUUAUGAACUCAAAGAAAACACCAAAAGGUCUUAUGUGGUUACGAAAAUGGGGUGCUAAUCGUUAUGCAGCUAAUGCCGCUUUUAUGGUGAUGGCGGCUUCCACUCUUACACCACCGUUACCCAAGAUGGAAAUUUACGUUGAAUGGGCUCGAAAACAAAUUCAUCUUGUCUUGGGAGACAUUGGACGGAGUUAUGUUGUCGGAUUCGGAAGAAAUUAUCCAGAACGGGUACAUCAUCGAUCAAGUGCCUGUACUCCAUUCCCAGCACCAUGCAGUCGAAAAACUUUUUAUACACCCCGACCGACCUAUUUUACACUCUAUGGUGGAUUAGUUGGAGGACCUGAUCAAAAGGAAAUUUAUUCUGAUAACAGAGUAGUUUACGAACAAACCGAAGUUGCCUGCGACUACAAUGCUGGAUUUCAAGGAGCUGUGGCUGGGCUCAAACAAAUUGUGAUCAGAAAGAGGGCUCCAAAGACAACACACGCUAAACACAACUUGGGGAGAUGGUCCGGAUGAUUUUUGUCACAAGCCCAUCAUGAAGCAGGCAAUAUUACCUAUCGCUUCACAAUAUUUCAAAUUCGACGCCGAAAGUAUGGUGGCGCUUGUACUACUUCGUAAAUGCUAUUACCACUCCCUUCCAACUUUUUUUGUUCUCCAUUUUAUAAUAAAUAAAUUUCUUUUAUUGUGCCAAAUGAAGAUUACAUUAAUGAAUUUUCCUGUGCCAAGUGUGUUUUAUUCUUAAACAUUCACUAAUACAAGAGUAUCGGUGAAGGCGGUUCUUGUAUUAAAGUGUGGUAUUGAGUACAAAAAUAUAUUAAUCGGUCUGAAGAAACGGAUUACACAGUAUUUGAAGGAGUACGAAAUAAAUGGAAUGGUUGUUGAAUGUUUAUGAAAUUUGAGCAAAAUAUUAUAGUCAAAUCUUCUGUAAUAUUUAGGAUAUUACAAAAAAUGAGAAUAUAAAA